AGAUUGCUAUAAAAAUCCCGGGUUGACACAACGAUGAGUUCUUGAUCCUGCCAUGCUCUCGUUGAUUUCACAAUCAACACCGGGAAAAAGCGAAAAGAGCCAAUGGCAGAAUCCAUUAGGGUUAGGGUUCCACCACAAUUACCAUCACCUAACCCUAAAAUCUGCUGCAAUCGCGCAACAAAUUGUUGCUCGGCGCCAUUAAUUCUCGCAAAUCUUGCCAAUUUCACCAAGAGUGCAGCGCCGGCUAGGUUCAUAUACUUCAAUCACGAUGGAUUGUGGAUUGAUUUUGAAAACGAGGUUUUGGAGUCUCUCAAGCCUGCUUUCUUGGACGGCAAGGCGGUGAUUGAAAUGUCGUUUCGUGAGUCAAGGUAUCUGUUUGAUUUUACGCGUAUGUUGCAAAUUGAUUUUGAUUCAGGGAUUCAAAGAUCAAUUGCGUGGAUUGAUGUGAACGGGAAAUGCUUUUUUCCUAAAAUGUUUGUGCGUGAAGAUUUUGGGGAUAAUCUAGAGGAGGAGAGAUUGAGUAAUCGUAAAAUUGAAAUCGAAGUCAAUAUUGAUGGAAAUUCAAUUAAGCGAAAAAGAGAGGAAUUUCGUGACAAAGAAGAGCCCGAGGUUACUUCGUCGAAGAAAGAAGAGGGUGGAUUGAAACGGCAGCGUUUGGGGAUGCGUGAUGUGGGAAAUUGUAGGUGGCUGAAUACGAGGGUAUUUAAAGAAGAAGAGAAGAGUUAUUCACCUGUGAAGAAUUAUUUUUUGUCCGGUAUGAAGAAAAUUGAUCCUGAUGUUGUGAUCACGGCAAUCCAUCAAUGCACGCGUAAGGGUCUUUCGGGGGAGGCUCGUCAAGAGGUCUUUUUAAAGCAGAUUGAGAUUACAAAGGCAGCCAGGGGUGUUUCGAAUACAGUGUAUGCUUGGUAUGGCGCGCCUGCGAAGGAAGUCGAAAGUAUCCUGGCUCAUGGUUUCGGUGGACCUCGUAAGGUUUCUGCUGGUGAAACUUAUGGUGUUGGUGUAUAUUUGUCUCCUUUUGGAUUGCCUCAUAUGAGUGCCAAGUUUGCAGAGGCAGAUGAUAACGGCGAAAAACAUAUUAUACUGUGUAGAGUUAUAUUAGGUAAUGUUGAGACAGUAGUGGCAGGGUCUCAACAGUAUUAUCCUUCUAGUAUUGAUUUUGAUACUGGCACUGAUGAUCCCAAGAAUCCCAAGUGGUAUGUUGUUUGGUCGAGUGUUAUGAACAGACAUAUUAUCCCUGAGUGUGUUGUGAGCUUCAAAUCUUCUAUUAACGUGCCAGGUCAAGUGAGAGGAUCGACUCAUACAAAGUAUUCCCUUGAGAAAUUGUUUUCGAAAUUAAGGAGUUGGCUUCCUCCUGAAAAAAUUCAGGAAGUGGCCAAACUAUAUGAUGUGUAUAGGGCUGGCAAGUUGACCAAAAAUAUUUUCAUACGGCAUUUGCGAGGUGUGGCGGGGGAUUAUGUUCUGUUAUCUGCUAUUCGGGAGAUUCGUAGUUCAGAAUAAGGUUUUCUGGGGUUUUGUAUUGUUUGGAUAUAUUAUGAGUGCUACUUUCAGAAAGGUGUAUCAAAAUGAUAGAGCCACCUGCAUUGUCAUCUCACAGGAUUACCGUAGUUUUAGUGAUGAAAGAUUAUCAUGUGAAACAACAAGAAUUACUUGCAGUUUUUUUCUUUUUUCCAAUAUAAAGCAGCAACUUUGUUUUA